AUGCGAGACUAUUCACCUUCAGAGCAGGUUCUCGCGGAUGCAUGGGACCGUGCGCUCGAGACUGGCAUCAAGUGGGCGGUGUACGGGCUCGCCGCUGGCGGUGCGCUUGGACUGCUUCUCUUUCGCGGUGGACACGCCCGCGCCGGCAUCGCUGGACUCGGCAGCGGCAUCGGUAUGGGUAUGGCGUAUGCUGACGCUCGUCGGGAGUUUCAGCGGCUCGCCAGCGGCGCCAAUGAGCGCUCACUCGCUGCCGCCUCCCUGGGGACAACGGACAGCACCCUGGCACGGAUCGGAUCUGAGGACUGA